GCCGGCCCUGAGCUCAGGAGCAGGGGGAGCAGCCGCUUCUCCGGCGGCGGGGCUGGGUCUGUGUCUGUGCGCGGCUUCCGGCGGCGGUACCUCGGGCACGGAGGGUGAGGGGAGCCGGGGCCAGGUGGGCUCUGCGGGGCUUCACCGGCGAGCGCGGGUGCAUAGAGGAGACAUUAGCGCGUAAACCUGUCGUCUUCUACACAGCCGCGGUUUUAUUACCGUCAUUCGAAACGCUUUACUUGAAAGGAUUACAAAAACUAGAAAAGUCUGGUCCCGUGGUUGGGUGCAGGUACCUGUCUGUUGCAGGCACUCACAGCUGUCACGAGUUAGCCUCAAAUCACACUUCUGUUAGGAAAUCGCUAUAUAGAAGGCUACCUCGGCUUUUUGAUAAGCAGGCAUGGCUGUCACGCUGCAUACUGAUGUGGGAGAUAUUAAAAUUGAACUGUUCUGUGAGCGUACUCCAAAGACCUGUGAAAAUUUCCUGGCUCUUUGUGCUAGUAACUACUACAAUGGAUGCGUAUUUCACCGAAAUAUAAAGGGCUUCAUGGUUCAGACGGGGGAUCCAUUAGGCACUGGGAAAGGAGGUAACAGCAUCUGGGGCAAGAAGUUUGAAGAUGAAUUCAGUGAAUAUCUAAAGCACAGUGUCCGUGGGGUAGUUUCCAUGGCAAACAAUGGUCCCAACACCAAUGGAUCACAGUUCUUCAUCACUUAUGGCAAACAGCCACACCUGGACAUGAAGUACACAGUGUUUGGAAAAGUUAUUGAUGGUUUGGAGACCCUGGAUGAGCUGGAGAAGCUGCCUGUGAAUGAGAAAACCUAUCGACCUCUAAAUGAUGUUCGCAUCAAAGACAUUACAAUUCAUGCCAACCCUUUUGCUCUGUAGCCACAGAAUGCCUCAACACAUUCUUCAGAGACUGGUCAGAUAAUUCCCAGAUUAUGGGGCUUAAAGAGCCAUCAAAAAGGGUUACUUCAGCUGGAUCAUAUCUUUGCUCAUUGAAUGCACAAUUUUCAGCAGCUAUGACAUUGUUUGGGAGUUAUUACAGAAAAGUCUUGUGUUUCAGAAGCCAAGUUUUCCAGAGUAUCUUCCAGCAUUUUGAUUUUGAAACAUUGUUUUUUAUACUUGUAAAAUAAAAAAAAACUUUAAUUUUUUUUCCUAA